UAACUGCUGGGUGUGUGCGCUCGAGCCAAACGGCAUUUUGACCUCAAAACGCUGUUGAACAUCUGGGCGGACGUACACAUGCGCACCAAAAACUAGCUGAACUACCCGAACUCGCAAGCAACUUUUCAAACAAUUGCUCUGCCUUUUUCCUGUCAUUACUCGCAAAAAGUGACACCGGCCAGUUUGUUUUUGGGGUGGCGUAAAACGGAUAAGUGAAGAAAUCAAAUGUAGUGACGUUGCUAUGUUUCACAGGAAGAAGUUGAACUUUUCUGCAACGCUAUAAAGUGGAGUAUGUUGCACCAGACCGGGUUGUUUCGAUAUUGACAUUGAUUUUAUGUCACUUCAUAAGAAAAAGCCAUUCAAGUCGGUUUUAGGACCAUUCUUAUGAUUUUUAUCCCGCGGAUGCAUAACUCAUCAUGACAAAGGAAACUCUCUGGACCGUCGCAACCACGGCGACGCUUUUCUUCUGUUUGUGUUUUUCAUCUUUUAAAGCAGAAAGCCCUUCUUGUCACGGCGCCUACGACCUUUACUUUGUUUUAGACCGAUCUGGAAGUGUUUCGACUGACUGGGGUCAGAUCUAUGACUUCGUCAAAAAUCUUACAGAGAGAUUUGUGAGUCCAAAUACGCGAGUGUCCUUCAUAGUGUUUUCAUCAAGAGCAGAGAUUGUGUUACCGCUCACUGGAGACAGGGGACAAAUUAAUGAUGGCUUGAAAAUUUUAAAUGAGGUCAAACCAGCAGGAGAAACCUACAUGCAUGAAGGAAUGAAACAGGCUUCCGAACAAAUGAAAAAACAGCUAAAAAAGUCCUCUAGUAUCAUUGUGGCAUUGACUGAUGGAAAGCUUGAAAAAUAUAUCCAUCAACUCACUAAGGAUGAGGCUGAUAUUGCAAGGAGUUAUGGGGCUCGUGUGUACUGUGUUGGCGUAAAAGACUUUGAUGAAGAACAGCUCGCCGAUGUGGCUGAUACCAAAGAGCAAGUGUUCCCAGUCAAAGGAGGCUUUCAAGCUCUCAAAGGCAUCGUUAACUCGAUCCUCAAGCAAUCAUGCACGGAGAUCCUAACAGUGGAGCCGUCCAGCGUCUGCGUGAACCAGUCCUUUGACAUUGUUUUAAGAGGGAACGGGUUCACACUGGGGAAACAAACAGAAGGAGUUAUCUGCAGUUUCAUAGUGGAUGGAGUUACUUACAAGGAAAAGCCUAGCAAGGUGAAGGAUAACUAUAUCCUGUGUCCUGCUCCAGUGCUGUAUUCAGUGGGACAACAAAUGGAGGUCCUGAUCAGUCUGAACAGUGGCACAUCAUACAUCACCAGUGCUUUCACCAUAACUGCCUCCUCAUGUUCGGACGGCACAGUGGUGGCCAUUGUGUUCUUGGUGCUCUUUCUCCUGUUGGCUUUGGCUCUGAUGUGGUGGUUCUGGCCUCUCUGCUGCACUGUCGUUAUUAAAGACCCACCCCCUCAAAGAUCUCCUCCACCUCCACCUCCUGUACCAGAGCCAGACCCACUACCCAAGAAGAAGUGGCCAACCGUGGAUGCAUCUUACUAUGGGGGAAGAGGAGCUGGUGGAAUCAAACGCAUGGAGGUCCGUUGGGGAGAGAAAGGGUCCACAGAGGAGGGCGCACGACUAGAGAAAGCCAAGAAUGCAGUGAUAUCAAUUCAAGAGGAGACCGAAGAACCCAUGAUCAAAAAGCCAACUGCACCCCCACCUACUUACCAUCAAGCUGAAUCCAAGUGGUACACUCCAAUCAGGGGUCGCCUUGAGGCACUGUGGGCUCUUCUGCGGCGGCAAUAUGAUCGAGUUUCGCUUAUGCGCCCAACUUCCGCAGAAAAGGUCACCCAUUGACCCCUUUGUGGGCUUGGUGCCAGAAGCGAUUCCACACACAUUAGCCUCAUCACUAGCUUUAAUGCGUGCCACCCCACGGGAUGGUAGGCGCCCUGGCACGUGUGUGUGGUCCUAUCCAAAUGGCAGGAAUCUCACAUGGACGCAGCACUGCUCCAUCCUGACAGCUCCCUCCAAUUACCGGCACUCCUGUCGCAUACCUCCCAUCUCUCUCUGGCCCAGAUCGCAUGUGACCCCGCCCGCCUCCACGCUGGUGGAAGCAAAGGGGGAGACAGAGGAGUCCAAGGGGAAAGGGAGGUUCACACAAACAUACACUCGGAUACUUAUUCUGCUUUUUGCACAUUCCUCUUCUCAGCAACUCUGUGGAGUUUUUUUUUUUUUUUUUCCUUUGGUAGGGUUGUUAAUCCAUUAAAAUAUUUAAUCACGAUUAAUUUCUUUUGAAGUUAAUACGCUGUUAACACAUUUAGUUUUAAAGGCUUAACGUCAACUAAGAUGUUAUUAAAUGUUUAUAAAGAAAUAGGUUUUUUAAUAAUACAAUUUUUUUUUUUACAUAUAUAUAUAUAUAUAUAUAUAUAUAUAUAUAUGUUGUAUACAAUUUAUAUAUAUCGUCAUCUUGGAAUUAUAAGGUUCUAUCUGACAUUUUUGUCAAAAUUGAGUUAUUUACAUAUUCUUAUUCUGUGACAACUUAUUUACAUUAUAUGAUGUUUUUUUAAGUUGUGUACAUUCUAAGACUUUUUUUUUUUUAUAUCUACAAAGGAGUAUGGAAUGAAAAAACUUUGAAGCUCAAUAUCUCAAAAUGGGUCAGAAUGCAGAAAGAACCUUAUAAUUCCAAGGUGGCGAUAUAUAUGAACUGAAAGCAUUUGCUCUGCUUGGGGCACGUAAUUUGCGGCACGUAAAUUAAAGUCUGACUCCUUCACUGUGUUGGCACUCUGCAGCUUGUGCUGUAUGGAGCAGAGCGGACACUUUCAGUUUAUAGUUGUAGCGUCCGUUGUCCACCUAAAUGAAAUGGUUUUUAUAUCUAUAAAGCAAAAUGACAGUGGGGGCAGUGCCGCAGUGAGCAAGUAAUGUAUUCGGUGUACGGCCGAACAGUGUGUAACACCGGUAAUGCCGACUACCAGAGCAAGCCUAUAUAAAUACUGUAUAGAUGAAUGGUUAAUUUAGGAUACUUGGGACAAUGGCAAUACUUCACAAUACUUGGGACAAUGGCAAUACUUCACAAUGGCAAUAGCGUAUAUAAUUUAUAUCUAGGGGUGAAUUGGGAUUAUUGCUAUUGAGAUGACUAGGAAUGUCUCAAGUAUCCAGAAUUAACCCUACAUAUAUACAGUGUGGUUAACGAAAAACAACAGUUAUAGUGUCAGAUUGAAGAUAUGAAUUAACAGAUUUUUUUUUUUUAAAUUAGUAGCGUUAAAUGUGCCAACAUGCUAAUUUUGACAGCCCUACUUUUAAAUUGUAGUUAGUGUGUUUUCUCUUGGACUGUGAGCCUGUAUGCAAGCUUAUGGUUUUUGUGCAGCUGAAUGUUUAUCAUGUCUAGGGGCCUGACUGCAGGCCAGUUGAAGCUGCAGAGAAAGGCCAGAAAUGAAAAAGUACAGAUGAGCCCAACAGCUUUGUUUGGAUGCUCAUUUGCAGUGUCAUGAGAUUUCUCUGAGGAGGGGAAGAAGGGAAAUAGUCACAUACAAGCAUGGAAGUGAGGAAGUGGAGUUUUCGGUGGCUUGAGGGGUUUCGGUGAUUAAACACAAGAACUACAAGCACAUUACUGCUCUCAUAAUUUGCAUCUGUCUCUUGUGUAAAGUACAGUUUUAAAAAACAAAUGUUCAUUUACUACAUUGCAAAAACAUGAAGGGGAUGUUUGCAUCAUACAAACAAUAUCAUAUCAGUUCAUUUUUCAGGUUGCCUAAAAUGAUCAUGAACAGUAUAUUAAUCACUAAAAUGAACAUCGUUUUAAACGUGAAACCUCGGGAGCAUAAAACAUUUAGUGAUUUACAUUCACAAAAAAACAAUUUCUGCUCCUCAACUGGCAAGCUGAAGCAGAUACCUGCUGUCUCAAGUUUUGCUACACUGAAACAUGUAUUUAACUAAGAACAGUCUCCUCCCAUCUGAUCUGCUGGCAUCCGGCCAAACAGAUUUCUCCACCCUUAUGAUUAUUUUAUCACUUUAAAUUCUUUAUGAUGAAACGCUGCAGUGGUAACCUUGCUAAAGCUGAGCAGGGCCUGGCUUUCACUGCUGCUAUUUGGAAUAGCUCUCCUCAGGUGGCUCGUUCCUGCUCCCUCUGUUGGAUUCUGCUUGUCCAUUAGUGCCAUCUGUGCCCGCCUGUGCCGUCUGUGAGCGCCUGCGCUCCGCCAAAAUGACUGGCAUUUUCUCUCAAACAACCAGGGGAUGGUGCCCAGAGCUGUUAGCUGGCAAUGAUGUGCACUUUUUCUGACAAACCCGGGGAAAGAAAGACAGGAUGGGGAGCAGAAAACAUCUGCACAUGUAGUGCAGCUUUGCUUAAGCUACUUUCACAGGAAAAGACUUUUCUGGUGACCAUGCAGCUAAGCCGAGCUUUGUAAACUUGAUCUCUUCCAACACAUUGGUUCCUCAGAGAAAGUCAUCUCCAAAUAUCAGAUGAUCAGCAACCUUUGCAAUAAGUCUUCAUUGGUACUAAACUGACAUUGAAUUCAGGUAGUUUUGGGAAUCGAGAACAAGUUAGUGAAAGUGAAAAACAGAAAUUAGUUCUUAAUUAGAAAAGUUAUGUCAUCAUUUACUUACCCUCAUGCUGUUUAAAAUCUGAAUACCUUCUUUGGAGGUCUACAGAAGAAAUAAAGUCAUACAGGUUUGUAGUGUUGUCAAAAGUACCGGUACUUCGGUACCAAGUCGGUACUGAAAUUUUGAAAAUGUGACGAUACCAGCGUUUCUGUAGUACCGGUAGUACCGAGAAUCCGGGUAUAUUCGGUACCCACUGAUAGGGCUGUGCCAGCAUUUACUUGAAUAUGACACGAGUGAAGCACAAAGCUUUGUUUACAAAAGAAAUAAUAGGUUAGCAAUUAAAUGUGACAUCGCAGCCAUGGAAACAUUUUGGUUCAUGCCGAAUGAGAGAGGUACGAGAGUCCAUAAAUUUAAGCUUUGUAUUCUGUUUUGCGAAUCACGAUCUGGUCACCCGAUUAGCAGAGAAUUUAACAAUAUUCCAUUAGUUAUUCCACUGAACAUGGAAUCUCUGUUUCUUUUCCCAAAUCUUCACUCACUAUAAGGUGCGUUAUAACGUUUCUUCCUUUCGUUCGCUUUUAGGCCUAUUAUAGGCUAUUCACAUUCUUUACUGUGGUGAAGUAGAAAAAACACCGUAGGAUAGAAACCUUUUUGCUUGCACGUCAGUUUCUAUUGAACACAGUUUGUCUUGUUAUUAGACUUUGUCUAAUAACAAGUUUAUUUGUAUAGCGCUUUUCACACACACGUAAUUUUUACUUUUGCUUUCCCUGGCAGCGCUAAAUCAAAUAUAGCCUGAAUGUGUGAAGAUAAAACACACAAAAACAUACACACACGCUCCAAAUAUUUAUAUGUAUGAUUACCAUAUUUAAUAUGUUUUUAAAAUAGGCUAUAUAAAAUAGUAAAAUAGUUCCAACAGAUUUUGCUGUGAUACCGAAAUUGGUACCGAGAACUGUAAAUUUUUUAUGGUAUUGGUACCGACUACUGGAAUUUUGGUACCGUGACAACACUACAGGUUUGGAGCGAAAUUAGGGUGAGUAAAUGAUGACAAUUUAUUGAACAGUAAUCAUUAAGUCAAAUCUGAGUCAUUAGAUUUCCCAUCCCUAAAUUAAAGAAACAGUCCACUUGGUGUCCUAAUUUUGUCUGCAUCUCUAAAUGAGGCGAUUACUGUAAAUAUUUAGAUUCUAUGUGUGUUAAAGGGAGAGUUCGAAAUGAAUAUUGUGUCCAUUUACUCACCCUUGUGUCGUUUCAAACCUGUAUGACUUUCUUUUGUGGAACACAAAACAUAUUUUAAAGAAUGUUGGCAAUCACUUCUAUUGUUUGCAGAAGAAAGAAAGUGAUACGACAACAUAAGGAGUGGCACACAAUUUUAUUUCAUGGUGAACUAUCAUCAGUAUUCAUUAACAAAUAAAAAGCGAUAGCUACGUCAUAAGUCCUUACCUAUUUAGGUAUCACACUACUAACAUAAUGUGGUCUGUGGGUCAACUGAUUAGGUGCACAAAACUAUAUUAUUGUAUAGGGCUUAAUGGAGAAUCAUUUAUUAGGUUAAUUUAAGGGUUUAUAGGUUAAUUUAUAGAUUUAAUUGUGAAUAGAUCAGCUACUAGAAAAAAACAUGACAGUUUAAAAUAAAAUUUACAUUGUGCAGUGUGUACCACAGUUUAAAAACCACUGUCCUAGCCAUUCUGGUUGUUUUUCUAUUUCUUUCUUCUUUAAAAAAAAAAAAAAAUAAAUACAAUUUUUGAUGUUUUGCGACCGGCAACGGAGGCAAACAAUCUACUAACAUUCGUCUUUAAAAAGUUAUUGUAUAGAACCAGCUCUGUAAAUAGACCUACAGUGAACAUAAGUAAACAACUAGAUUCAGCUACAUGUAAUAUACAGUAAUAUAUAGUAUACACUGAUGAGCCAAAAAAUUAUGAUCAGUCACAGGUGAAGCGACUGUUGUUGAUCAUCUCCUAACAAGGCCACAUAUUAAGGUCUGAGUAGAUUACAUGGUAAGCAAACAAUCAUGUCUUGUAAUCAACAUGUUGGAUUCAGAAGAAAUGGGCAGGAAUUAAGAUCUGAGCAACUUUGACAAAGGCCAAAUUGUUACAGCAAGGCGACUGGGUCAGAGUAUCUCUGAAAAGGCAAGGCUUGUGAGUUGCUCCAAGGCAACAAGGUGUUGGGCAUCCAAAGCUCAUCGAUGCAUGAGGGCAAUGAAGGCCAUCCUGUCUAGUCCAAGCCAACAGAAGGUCUACUGUGGCACAAGUCACACAACAUUUUAAUGAUGGCUAUGGGAGGAAUGUGUCACAACACACAGUGCAUCUCACUCUGCUGCAUAUGGGGCUGCAUAGCCGCAGAACAAUCAGAGUGCCUAUGAUGACCCUUGUCCAAUGUAAAAAGUGCCUAAAAUGGGUACACGAGCAUCAGAACUAGACCUUGGAUCAGUGGAUGAAGGUCGCCUGGUCCGAUGAGUCCCAUUUUCUUUUACAUCACGUUUGCGCCGUUUACCUGGGGAAAUGAUGGCACCAGGGUGCUUGUUGAAGACCAGGUACACCCCUUUAUGGCAAUGUUAUUCCCUGAUGCCAGUGACCUCUUUCAGCAGGAUAAGGUGCCCUGCCACACUGCACACAUUUUUCAAGAAUGGUUUGAGGAACAUGAUGAAGAGUUCAAGGUGUUGCCAUGGCCUCAAAGUUCUCAAACUGAUUGAGCAUCUGUAGGAUGAGCUGAAUCAACAAGUCUUGAUCCACUGCAGCUCCAUCUCACAACCUAUAGGACUUGAAGGAUCUGCUGCUAACGUCUUGGUGCCAGAUACCACAGGACAUCUUUAGGGGUCUUGAAGGCACGUACUGAUUUUGCUGAGUUAGAUGCGUUCCUGGGUCAACAUAUAUUUUGAUCCUGAAACAAUGUUCCUGUCUGAAAAUUUCAACACAGGCUCAUUGGAAAAACGCUCCUUGCAAAUCGCAAAAUACGUACCAAUACGUAAAUAUCACUGCAGUUUCUAACAGAAAUGAACACUAGAGGCAGUAAAACAGCAAGCACUUUUAAUCGUUUUCACACACAAUUAUGAUUACAGGGCCAGAUUAUGAAUUUAAUAAAGACUUGUUUUCACGUGGCUAUACUUGAACAAUUAUGUUAUGACCUCAAAACACUUUUACCAUAGUGCAUGAUUUGUAAACGAAUAUAUUUUGAAGUUUGCAUCAUUUACCCAGCUCCAUAUGUUCAGUUUCACUGACGUGACAAGCUUGCUCUGUAGCUCAGCUGGUACAGAAUUGUACUUGUGAUGCGAAGAGUUCAGGUACGAAUCCCGUGAAAAAUGAGUAACGGUAAAAGAGCUCAAAAACAAGCUAAAAUGCCAUGGUCCCGAUUGCGUUUUCAUGCCACAUUUGCUUUUGUUAACACUAUCGGGUAGGUUUA